AUGGUGCGCGUGCCCGGAUCUUCUGAGGCCUCUGGAUUUCACCGUGAGUCCACUGGCGAAGAUUUCAAGAUUAAGCAAGAACCUGGGAUUGAAGUGUCAGCGACAAAGGGUUCGACGCAGACACGCAGAAGCACAAGAUCCUCAGAUCAUCAGAGUUUUGGGAGGGGCUCUGAUGAAAUGAAAAUGAAAGAGGAAGAUCGAGAGAUCGAUCUGGAAGAUAAACCUCAAUUCCCUCCUAGGGUCCCUUCGGGGGCCACCGCAGAUCGCUCUGCAAAGAGCGAUCUGCUGGAUGAAAAUCCAAUGGUGAAAACCAAAUCGGCGAAAGCCAAACCCUAUAUCUUAGUCGAUAGAUCGCCCGACCUCAAGCCGAAGAGCACAAUCGCGAGAUCGACCAUAUCAGAACGAUCCGCGACGAGAUCGAUGGGAUCAGAUGUCAAAGAUCGCCAGAUCGGCCGAACCGUGCAAUCGAAGAUCGGAGCCAAAGAGGAAUACGAUGAAACACCAGAUAAGAUCGCUAUGCCAAAGACGGAAUAUAACCCAAUAAAGAUCGCGUCCAUGGAGAAGGAGACGACGGGUGAAGCGCGGGAGCGUGCAAAAUGGCAGUACUAUUAUGGCCAGUUGAAGACGCUGCUCAAGACGGACCCAGUGUUCAAGAUAUUAAGGCCCAAGGUGAUUGGUCCUCUGGAUAAGAUGAUCUCGGUCCCACUUCACGGGACCAACAAAGUCGACGAGAUCAAUGUGAUUUUGCAGAUGUUGGACGACAUGGGUAUCUGCCCUGACGCUUUUGAUGGAGAUGAACUGCUGAGUUGCAGCUUGGAACAGUUGAAGGACGCGGCGAAUGAGUUUGUAGAGAUCAUGAUAAUGCUGGUGGGCAAAGCGAAUACUCCUGAAGACAAGAUCGGGACGCCCUCGGGCUCGCUCCGUAAACACCCCGCGGGAUCGCCCCGCUACGCCUCGGAUGACUCCGAGAGCGAGUCAGAUGGAUCCAUCAGCAUUCGUCAGAUGUCUCUAGGACCAUCGGGGGAAGGUUCUUAA